AUGGCACUUCCCAGCAAAUUCUUCCUUUGUUUUUGCUGCUUUGCCUGGCUCUGUUUUCCUAUUAGCCUUGGUUCUCAGGCUUCUAGGGGAGAAGCUCAGAUUGCAGCUAGUGCUCCACUGGAAUUUGAGGCUGAGCCUCGGUCCUUUCUGCAGCCUCUAGAUGGGAGACACAGACCUGGCCUCCUUUCCCCUCUCUUUAAGGUUCUGUACGAUGGGCAAACGGAGGCCCCCAGGCUGCAGCCAGAUGACAGAGCUUUGCACUACAUGAAGAGGCUCUAUAAGGCAUGUGCUACCAAGGAGGGGAUCCCGAAAUCCAACAGAAGUCACCUCUACAACACUGUUCGGCUCUUCGCCCCCUGUGCCCAGCACAAGCAGGCUUCUGGGGACCAGGUGACAGGUACCCUUCCAUCAUCAGUGGACCUGCUGUUUAACCUGGAUCGUGUUACUGCUGUUGAACAUUUACUCAAGUCAGUUUUGCUAUACACUUUCAACAACUCCGUUUCUUUUCCCUCUCCUGUUAAAUGUGUGUGCAACCUGGUGAUAAAAGAGCCAGAGUUUUCUAGCAAGACUCUCCCAAGAGUUCCAUACUCAUUUACCUUUCACUCACAGUUUGAACUUAGAAAGAAAUACAGAUGGAUUGAGAUUGAUGUGACGGCUCUCCUUCAGCCUCUAGUGGCCUCCAACAAGAGGAGUAUUCACAUGUCUGUAAGCGUCACGUGUGUGAAAGACCAGCUGCGGCAUCCUUCAGUGCAGGACAGUCCACUUAACGUGACUCUUCUGGCAGCCCCCUCACUGCUUUUAUAUCUGAAUGACACAAGUGCUCAGGCUUAUCACAGGUGGUAUUCCCUCCACUAUAAAACGAGGACUUCACAGGGUCCUGACCAGAAGAGAGAGCUGUCUGCCUAUCCCAUGGGAGAAGAGGCUGCUGAGGGUGUGUCCCGUCACCGGAGAGAUCAGGAAACUGUCGGCUCUGAAUUGAAGAAGCCUCUGGUUCCAGCUUCAUUCAAUCUGAGUGAAUACUUCAAACAGUUUCUUUUUCCCCAAAAUGAGUGUGAGCUCCAUGACUUUAGACUUAGCUUUAGUCAGCUGAAGUGGGACAACUGGAUUGUGGCUCCACGCAAAUACAACCCUCGAUACUGUAAAGGGGACUGUCCCAGGGCGCUCGGACAUCGGUAUGGUUCUCCGGUUCACACCAUGGUGCAGAACAUCAUCCAUGAGAAGCUCGAUUCCUCAGUGCCGAGACCAUCCUGUGUACCUGCCAAGUACAGCCCUCUGAGUGUUUUGGCAAUUGAGCCUGAUGGCUCAAUCGCUUACAAAGAAUAUGAAGAUAUGAUAGCCACUAAGUGCACCUGUCGUUAACAUAGGCUCCUCUCAAGUAAAACCGUGAGUCUCCUGGCCAAAGUAAAUGCCGUGCGCCUGUCUGUGCCUUUGGGAGAAAGUUUCAUGUAUCAAGUCUCUAAAUGUAAUGCAGUGUGUUGUGUGAGGAGGAGCCUGGGUAGAUGAGCACAUUCUGUGGCAUCUAUCACGGUAAAGGGAUAACAGCUGCCUUUCUCAUUGCCAAAUGUAAAUGAAAUGUACUUCUUUUGGAAAGCUUUACAUUUUUUUCCCCUGAGUGAUUAUUUUU